CCGCCACUGCCCAGUCUGUUUAUUCAUCACGCCGAAAGGCCAACUUGCGUGAUGAAAGUUGUCGAUGGUUUCCUUGGCUCAGCACUGGUUGGGUACGACUGCUCGCCCUCUUUCGCCUCUUCCUCCUCAUCCUCUUCCUGGUCUUCGUCGACGAGCUCAUCAUCCUGCUGCUGUGCCUCGUCCAAGUGACGCUUCAGAGAUAUCAACUCCUGCCAAGAACGACCACGGAUGCAUCAAUUUCUUAAUGUAAAGCUCAGCAAGCGUUGUCACCUCGACGAUUCUGGUGCCCAACAAAGACAUCUGCUCUGCGCGGCUCGUCUUGUCCUCUGCAACACGUGACGUUGCGGAGAGAUGCAUGGGUGCAGGAAGGCAGUGCGAUCCUGUGUCUCAAAGCUCUGUCACCUUCCAGUCUCCUGCUCAUCAGCAUCUCCUUGUCGUGAUCACUCUUCAUCCUGAGGACGGGACAAACACCGAGAGAAGGCGCCUUAUGCACCCACAUUCACUCCCUACCGCAUCUCCUCUACCAUAUUACCUGUUGACGACGUCCGCGAAGCUCUUGCGUUCGUGGAAUAUCUUGGUGCGAAUCCGCUGGUUGUCUUCCCUUAGUCUCUCAUUCUCCUUCUGGGCCGCCUGCAGGCGCGCCCUCAGCUGCUGCUUCUCCGCCCUCUCCCUCUUGAGCUGCUGCUUGCUCGCACGCAAACUCUCUGCCAGCCCCAACUUCCCAUCGACCUGCAGUGCAGACACACGCCACACACGCAUGCAUUCGGUGUGUGUUUGUUUUUCCGUGGGCGUCUUGCAUUGCCGUCUUUUGGCUCACCUUGAGGAAUGUGAGGGCCUCCGUUCUCGCCUGCUGGGCCUGCAUCAGCAGGUUGGCGAGCGACUGGGCUUGCGCGGGGUCGACUUUCGGCGAACCUUUCUCGCCAUCCGGGCUCAAUGCGUCGCUGUCAAGACAGAGGAAGGCAUGGCACGAUGCCACUGCUGAUGCAAUGGCGUGUUUGGUUGCGUCCUCACGUCGUUUGGAUGAUUCCAAGGGUGAGUUCGAGGUCCUCAACCCGCUCUCUCAAUGACGUAUUUUCGCUCUUGAGGCUGCUGACCUUUUGCCGUACGAAGUCAAGAGCGACAGCCAUUUUUGCGGAAGCG